AUGUUUGUCCAGUCGUCCAUGCUCCGUGCCCGCAAUGGGGCCUUCAAGGCGCUCCGUCCCGCGGCCACACGCUCUAUUCACUCGAGCAUGUACCGCCUGCUCGACAGCAGUAAGCGCGUCAACGACGGUGGGCCCGAGGAUAUCCCCCACCACGGCAUCAACGUUGACAAGUCGAUCCGCAUGGACCACACCCCGAAUGGCGUAACCGUGCCCAGCGCCAUCGACCACAAGCGACAGCAGCAGAUCGUGCAUCGUGGAAUCUUUGAACUUUUCCGUGCCUUUUGGCUCGGAAUAAUGCAAACACGGCUCGGUCGAUUGGAGAACGUGGGCUCGGUCACCUCGGUCACUCUGCUGGGUCGUGUUCCUGGCCUGAGCUCGGUGCCUAUUGUUUCUCCUGGGGGCGUGCGGCGCUCUGAGCAUGACGGAGGCGCCAAGCGAUACGCUGCACCACCGACCUCCGACCGAUGA